CCUCGCCUCGCGUGUCUCCAGAACCUUGGGCAUUGAAUGCGGUCUGGAUCAUAGUGACCAUUCUGCGGCUGACUUCAAGCCUGAAACUGGAGCCUUGUCUGCCUUGUGCUAAAAAGAAACACGGAUUCUAUCACUGUGCAUACCUCACUGUGCUCACUCCAUCGUUGAAUCUACAAUCGCCGACUUCGACUUCAACUCGCUCUUUUGCCGCCGCUCCCUCCCUUCCACUCCAAUACCUUUCUUACCGCUACCGUACCCGCACCCUACAUCAUCACUCUCUCCUCAAUACUUUAUAGACCGUUGCCCAUCCGCCCAUCAUGUCAACGCCUGCAUUUGGCGCGCAAGCUGGGACCCAGCCCGAACCCAAUAAUGCUGCACUCUACGAAUCCCGAAGAAGGCAAACCAUUACUGGCACUCAGAUCCUGGACAAUAUUGUGUCCUUCUCAAAUUUUGACCGAGAUGAAGUCGACAGACUGCGCAAGCGAUUUAUGAAACUGGACAAGGACAACAGCGGAACCAUUGAACGAGAGGAGUUCUUGUCAUUACCACAAGUAUCAUCGAACCCAUUGGCGACAAGAAUGAUUGCCAUUUUUGACGAAGAUGGUGGCGGCGAUGUUGACUUCCAAGAGUUCGUCCUCGGUCUUUCGGCCUUCAGCUCCAAAGGCAACAAAGAGGAGAAACUCAAGUUCGCAUUCAAGGUGUACGAUAUUGACCGUGACGGAUAUAUCUCCAAUGGAGAACUCUUCAUCGUGCUCAAGAUGAUGGUGGGCAGCAAUUUGAAGGAUCAACAGUUGCAACAGAUUGUUGACAAGACAAUCAUGGAGGCCGACAAAGACGGCGAUGGCAAAAUCAGUUUUGAAGAGUUUACCUUGAUGGUCGAGAGCACCGAUGUUAGCAUGAGCAUGACUUUGGAUCAAUUCUGAUCCCUCAGCUCGGCUGGGUCAAUGCUCUUCGAUUUCUUCCCACAGGCUACAAUUCAAGAUUCCAACCUUUGCACUCGAUGAUUAGCAUUAUGAAUGGUGAAUCUGGACCAAUGGAUUUUUGGGGAUUGAUUCCAGAUCAUAUGACUUGACAGACGAAAAGAAACACAUUCACGAACCUGGAUUGAAUCCUCGAUUCUUGCUGCCUACUCAGGUGUGACUUGAUUACUGACUUUUGAAUCAUUCCAGAGCGUAUAGGUCUGUCUAGAGGUAUACCAGACAAAGGCAAGAAACUGUUUCGAUUGUGUUUGAUUUCUUUGAUUCCUUUUCUCAUUGCCGUUUUAUUUAUUUUGUGACUGAUGAGGCAGCUCGAUCUCGAGCCUUGAGGGCAGUAUAUCCACG